UAAUAAUUUAUACAUUUCAUAUGUCUUGUUCAUAUUUCCCAUGGCUUUUUUUCAUCGAAAAAUUCUUCAAAAAGCCAUAAUCAAGGUCAAAAAUUGUCCUCCUAAGGACGACGAGUGUCUUACGCUGCGACCAGUGGUGCUCAUUCCACCACCACCAACGUCGUCCAACCACUCACUUUCGCCGUUUCUAAUUGUCUUGUUUUGCGGCUUGGCUGCUUCAUUUUGUUUCAUUUUUUACCUCACACUUGUUACAAUAUACCGAAGACGCCAAAGAAACCAAGAGAAUAUCGAACGAAUUCAUGAAGAUUUUAUUAACGGGGAUCUUGGUCCAACCAUGCACCAUCAUCCAAUUUGGUUGAUAAAUACAAUUGGUCUUGAUGAAUCCCAAAUUGAAUCUAUUCAAGUUGUCAAGUAUAAAAAAGACGACGGGUUAAUUGAAGGGACGGAUUGUUCGGUUUGUUUGAGUGAGUUUGAGGAAGAUGAAAGUCUUAGACUUUUACCAAAAUGUAGUCACGCUUUUCAUGUCCCUUGUAUUGAUACUUGGCUAAGGUCUCAUAAAAAUUGUCCUUUAUGUCGAGCUCCAAUCAUCAAAAACACGAAUGAUCAAACGGAUCAUGGUUCAUCCGAGACAAAUUUGGUUGAAACAAUUAGUACUAAUGAGGGCCAAAACCCGAGUCAUCAAGAUUCUGAAAAUUAUACUGAUCAUCAUGUGGUGGAAAUCGAAAACAAUAAUGGAGAAGUAGAGAAAACGAGGAGUAGUAGUGGGGUGAGGGUGCAAAGUGAUUUGGUUGAUCGAUAUCGUGUACAAAAUGAUGAGGUUGUGGCAAUAAGGAGAUCUGCUUCAGUUGGCGCAUCCUUAGUGUCCGUAAAACCUCCUCCUCACGAUCAAGAAAGGCGUUCGAUUAAUCCUUUGGUAGUGUCAAAGAAACUUGACAUCAAGCCAAAAAAAGGUCAUCAUAAGCUAAAAGGUUCGAGCUCUAGCAUUAGCAUAAGGAGUAAAGUGAUGAAGAGUACUUCGUUUGGGCAUUCUUUACGAAAGACAAGUAGUUUUACAACUAAAAGUUACGAGAAUCGAUCUUAUUGAUAUCAAAGAGAUAAAAUUGUAUAAGUUGUGCUAUAUGAAACAUAUUCCUAGCUAGUAUAUCUAUAUAUACACAAAUAUAUAUGUAAUUAUAUAAGUUGGGAGCUAAAUCCGAAUUGAAGCUUAAUUAUAUAGUUCAAAGUUUAAACAUGUAUUGCUUUGAUUCAAA